UAUCAUUCGUAGCGAAGCUAUUCCGAAGGUCGUUAGUGCAAACAACUCGCUACAAUUCUGUCCGCUUUUCACGCUUGCAACGUUUCGAACUUCCCCCAAAGUGUCAAUCAAAAACGCAAUGACAGCAAAAGUUAUAAUCCUCAAGCGAAAAUUCGAAGGGACCCCAACCCUCGACAAUUUCAAAAUCGUCGAAGAAAAGCUGCGGCCCCUCCAGCAAGGAGAGUUUCUAGUAGAAGCUAGAUACAUAAGCGUGGACCCCUACCAGAGGGUGUACCCCCCAAAAGUGGGUCAAACCAUGUUGUCUGAACAAGUAGCCAAGGUAAUAGAGAGCCAGAACAACGACUUCCCUGUGGGGUCGUCCGUCGUAGGAGAGUGGGGCUGGAGGACCCACACCAUUGCCAAAGACGUCGCUGGCGAUUUCUGCCUACGAAAACCCAGACUUUUAACCGGAUAUGAUGGGUUAUCGCGGUCGUUGGCUCUGAGCGUGCUGGGGAUGCCCGGCAACGCGGCCUACUUCGGGCUGUUGCACAUGGGCAAGCCCAUGAAGGGCAACACCGUGGUGGUGUCGAGCGCCGCCGGCGGCGUGGGGACCAUCGUGGGGCAGAUCGCGAAGAUAAAAGGGUGCAAAGCCGUGGGGAUCACCAGCUCGGUCGAAAAGGGGGAGCGCUUGGUCAAGGAAGUCGGCUACGACCAUUACGUUAGUUAUAACUCGAAGAAUUUCGAGAAAGAUCUGUCCAAAGCAACGAAGGAUACCGUGCAUUGCUACUUCGACAGCGUAGGCGGGGAGAUCAGCAGCAGCGUUUUGACCAAGAUGAAAAAAUUCGGCCGGGUGGUUAUCUGUGGGGCCAUUUCCACUUACAACUCGAAAAUAAAAGCUACAGCCAGCGAAGUACAGACUACCGUGAAAGUGCAGCACCUGGUGAUGGAAGGAUUUAAGGUGACUCGGUUCAAGGACCAGUGGGAUGAAGGUAUUCAGCAGAAUUUGCAAUGGCUUAAAGAAGGGCGGCUGAAACCCUUCGAGCAUAUUGUCGAUGGGUUUAGUAACACGCCCAAUGCGUUCAUAGGGAUGUUUGCGGGUCAAAACUUCGGGAAAACAAUUGUUAGAGUUGGAUAAAUAAACGUGAAAAAUUGAGGUUA